AUGGGUAUUUUACGCCGCCUUUCGUCGUAUUGCUCUGGCUCAAUCAAAACCUCUUCUCCCCCUCCCCGUUUUCCCCGUUACAGAAUGACUCGCUCGCUUCUCUUACAGCGCCUACAGGCGGUCGCCGAGCAGCAACCUCCCAGCCAGCCGCCCAGCAGACCGCCUGACCUGCCGGCGGAAGCCGCGCAGAGGGCGGAGGCUGCCCGCCGCGCAGGCGGCCCCGCGGCAACAACAGCGCAGCGAAGGGAAGCAGCCGCAGCUGGGAGGGCUGUAGGGGGAGAUCGGGAUGGAGAGGGGCGAGCGGAGGAGUGGCGCGGUGGUGUGCGGUUGGAGUCGGUUUUGGCCGCCAACCCCCUCGUCGCCCUGCCUGCCCCUCCCGUGCCCGCCCUCCCCCCUUAUGCCUUUCCCUCCCCCACCCUCCACUCGUCCCCCUUUGGUCUCCCCGCCCCUCCCCUGCGCGCGAGCACUUACGAGCCUGCUGUGCUGGGGAAUGGCUUGACAGGGAGGGGCAGUGCCAUGCUCGCAGGCACAUGCACAGGUACGGGCAUGGGCACAGGCACGGGCACGGGCACAGGUACGGGCAUGGGCACAGGCACGGGCACGGGCACAGGUACGGGCAUGGGCACAGGCACGGGCACGGGCACGGGCACGGGCACAGGCACGGGCACAGGCACGGGCACAGGCACGGGCACGGGCACAGGCACGGGCACGGGCACGGGCACGGGCACAGGCAGGGAUUUGCGUGAGCGGUGGGAGCAGGCAUUGCAGAGCGGCAAGGGGCGGGCGAUGAGGUGGAGUGACGAGCAGACAAUCGCCCUGCUGAAGAUCAUGCGCGGCGUGCUGCGCUCUCAGGACUCCCCCCUCCCCGGCAGGAUCGAGGACUGGGGGGCGGUGCACCGCGAGUGGUUGCGGCGAGGGUUCCCGCGGUAUUUGGAGGAGCAGCUGCGAUUGCGGUGCAAAGUGGUGCGCGGGUGGGUGAAGGACAUUCGGGUCCUCCAGGCGCUGCUGCCGCCUGAAGUCGCCUGGGACCCCACCACUCAGUGCUUCAACCCCGACCCCAAGGUGAGCGUCCUUCACGGGACCGAGGGCGAGGUGAGAGAGGGCGAGGUGAGCGUGAGAGAGGGCGAGCUGGGCAUCAUUCCGCGGCUGAAGCAGCACAGGCGGUGGAAGCACUACAGGCGGUGGCGCAAGCACACGGCGCCCUGGCUGCCCCUUGCGCUGCUCACCGCCCACACGUGCCCUGCUGCGGCCCCGCUGUGGGACGAGGAGUGGGAGGAGGAGGACGAGGAGGAGGAGGAGGAUUGGGGAGAGGGGGGAGGAGGGGAGGAGGAUGGGGAAGAGGAGGAUGAAGUGGUGGAGGUGCAGGCUGAGGGGGAGGAGGAUGGGGAGGCGGGGGAGGAGGAGGUUGAGGAGGGGGGAGGGGAGGAGGGAUGGGGCAAUGGAGACCGAAUUCGGAAUGUGGCAGGGAUGCAUAGGCAUGAAUCAGGAAGGAAUGUGCGGAGUCGGAGGGACAGAGGAGGGGUGGAGGCAGGGGGGGGUAGUGGAGAGCGGUGGAGGGGUGGAGAGUGGGAUGGUGAUGAGUGGUGGGGGACGAGGAGGGGGGACGCUGGGCGACAGGGAGGGCAGGGAGAGGGCUUGAGGAACAGAGAGAGAGGAGAGGGUGUGGAAGAGAAUGGUGGGUCUGAUCGUGCAGCUGAAGUACCGCGGGCCAAUGGUGUUCCUCGUGCUGAGGUGGCACGUAACAAUGUCACUUUUGCUGAUGUGGCUCGUGCUGCUGACAUGGCUCAUGCGGAUGGGACUGCUGCAGGGCGGGAGGGAGGGCAGGGAGGGGGCGUGAGGAGCAGAGAGGGAAGAGAGGGUGUGGGCGAGAGAAGGGUUGGGAGUGGCGGGGUCGGGGCUGCACAGGGGAAUGGAGGGGUCGACUGUGCAGCUGACGCAUCGCGGGCCAAUGGCGUUGCUUGUGCUGAGGUGGCACGUAACAAUGUCACUUUUGCUGACGGUGCUUAUCCUGCUGACGUGGCUCGUGCUGACGUGGCCCAUGCUGCUGACAUGGCCGGUGCAAGCGCGGAUGAGAGGGACGAGUACCCUGCGAGGCUGGCAGCGCGGAUCGCUGGCAUGGUGGCGAGCAGGAGGGAGCAAGGCGGCACAGAGAGGCGAGGGGUUGAGGGCGAGGGGCGAGGGGCCGGGGAUGGAGGGGGAGGAAACGGCAAUGCACGGUGGAGAGAUGGGGUUCUAGAGGGGUGGAAAAGAGAGGAGGAGAGGCGGGAAGGGGGGCGAGGGGAGGAGGGGAGAGCGGGGAGGGGUGUGAAGCGGUCGAGGCCGGUGUGGGGGCAGGUGAGGGAGAGGAAGCGGCAGCGGCGGGUGAUGGAGAGUGUGGCGCGUGCCCUCACCACGUUCAGGAGCAUGGCGGAGAAGGGGCAGCCCCACGUGCACCGAGACGCAGUGGCGGACAGCGUGUUCAAGUCAGUGCAGGACGUGCAGGCCCUCAGCUCUCUCACGGACGCGCAGCGCGUGGCAGCCAUCGACGCCUUCCUGCAGCGCCCCCUCGACGCCCACGCCUUCCAGGCCAUGAGCCCCGCCCUGCAGACCCUCUUCGCCCGCCACGCCCACGCCCAGGCCGUCGACCGCCAGCUGGCCGGGAUUCAAGCUGCCGCUGCUGCUGGGGGGAAUGCACCCCUCACAGACCGGCUCCUCGCCCCGCUGCAGGGCGGGGCUGGUGUGGCUGGGGUGGCUGGGGUGGCUGGUGUGACUGCAGGUGUUGGGGAGGUGUGGGGGGGAUCGGGGAUAGGGGGAUUGGGUGGGGGUGGGGGUGUGGGGGGGAUGGGCGCAGGGGGGGUGGGUAUGGGGGGGAAUGUCGUGGGGGCAAUGGGGUUUGGGGCAACUGGGGCGGGGGGGGUGGGAACAUCAAGGUUGGGAACGGCAGGGAUGAGCAUGGGGGGUACAGGGAUGGGGGAAACUCAGGUGGGGGAAGCACGUUUGGGGGGAGUAAGAAUGGGUGUAGCAGGAAAUGGGGGAACUCGGAUGGGGGAAACAGGAACACGGGGAGUACGGAUGGGGGAAACGGGAACGUGGGGAAUGCGGAUGGAGGAAUCAGGGACGCAGGGAUUGCGGAUGGGGGAAACGGGAUUCGGUUGGAGGGGACUGGAAACGGUGGGGCAAACGAGAGCAGCGGGAGGUGGGGGUGUGGGUGUGGGUGUGGCAGCAGCAGCAGUAGCAGCAGCCUCAGCAGGAGGAGCGAGAGGUGUACAGGGUGUGGGAGGGAUGGGAGGAGGAAGAGGGGUUAGUGGGGGAGGAGGGGAAGGACGGGCAGAGGGGCCAGGAGGAGCAAGUGGGUUGAAUAGCGCGGGUGGGCUGGGCAGCACAGGUGGGUUGGGUGGCAGACAAGGGGCGGGCAGCAUGGCAGGGCUGCAGCAGCUAGGGCAUCGCGUGGAGGAGUUGGUGCGAGAGAGCCUGAGAGGAGUCAACAACGCCUAUCAACAGGCAGUCAACGCUGGUCAAGGAGCAGUCAAUGCUGGUCAAGGGGCAGUCAAUGCUGGUCAAGGAGCAGUCAAUGCUGGUCAAGGAGCAGUCAAUGCUGGUCAAGGAGCAGUCAAUGCUGGUCAAUGCUGGUCAAGGGGGGUGGGUGGCAUUCCAGUGGUGGUCAACGGGAUUCAAUGCGAGUGCCCUGAGUGUGUGGCUGCUAGAAUGUCUGUCAGAACGCGUCAAGGCACAGUCAACUCGAGUCACGAUGCGAGUCAAGCAGUGGUCAAUGCGGGUCAAGCAGCAGUCAACGCGAGCCCAUUGGUGGUCAAUGUGGAUCCAAGUAGGGGAGCAUCAGCGAAUCAGGUGGAGAAAGCUGUCGGCCAGCCAGGGUUGGGUGUAGGUCGUGUGGGAGGAGCUGCUGUGCUACAGACAAGAAUUGCUUGUCAAGCAACAGUCAACGCUAGUCAAGCAGCAGUGAAUGCAGGAGAGGCAGUAGGUGUGGGUCAAGGCAGAGCGGAUGUGGGAGCAGGGGGAGGAGGAGUGGAAGGAGGGGUUUGGAGGGAAGCAGCGAUCGUGGGGCUGCCAUUGGUGGAGCGGCUGCUGCAGGGCCAGGCGAGGGAAAGAAGUAGUGCUGUGGCGAGGGGACAGGGGGAGACAGGCAGGCAGGGAGAGGAGCAGCAAGGGGAGCAGGGAGGGGAACAGGGAGGGGAACAGGGAGGGGAGGCGAGAGGGGAGCAGGGAGGGGAGGCGAGAGAGGGGCAGGGAGGGCGGCAGGUAGGGGAUGAGAGGGUGGGGACGGUGAGCGUGCCUGGGGGCUGUGGCAGCGGAGGGGGGGUGUUCACGCUGUCGCACCGCUGUGUGGCGGACGGGCCGGCAGGGCAGUGCAGCCUGUGCAGCAUCGUGGCUGACCUCGUCAAAGAGCUGGGGGGAGGCGCUGCUGGGGGAGGUGCUGCUGGGGGAGGCGCUGCUGGGGGAGGCGCUGCUGGGGGAGGCGCUGCUGGGGGAGGCGCUGCUGGGGGAGGCGCUGCUGGGGGAGGUGCUGCUGGGGGAGGCGCUGCUGGGGGAGGCGCUGCUGGGGGAGGCGCUGCUGGGGGAGGUGCUGCUGGGGGAGGCGCUGCUGGGGGAGGCGCUGCUGGGGGAGGCGCUGCUGGGGGAGGGGGUGAUGCUGGGGGAGGGGGUGCUGCUGACCUCGUCAAAGAGCCUGGGGCGCCUGGUGGUGGGGGGAGGCAGGGCAAGGAGGUGGGGGCGCCUGGUGACACGGUGCGUAGUGGGGGCGAGAUUGGGGAUGAUGGGAGAGAGGUGGCGGGUGAUGGGAGAGAGGUGGCGGGUGAUGGGAGAGAGGUGGCGGGUGAUGGGAGAGAGGUGGCGGGUGAUGGGAGAGAGGUGCGCGCCGGGGGCAAGGUGGGGGGUACUGAGGGUGAGAUGUCCGGUCCGAGAGGGGAGGAGGGCGGGCAUGCUGGUGGAGGCGCAGACGGGGCAGACGCAGGGGAGAGGGGUGUGGCGGGAAGGGUGAGGGCAGAGGAGGGUGGUGAGGGAAGGGGUGGUGAAGGUGAAGAAGCAGUCAAUGCAGGUCGAAGGGCGGUCAAUGCAGGUCAAGGUGCGGUCAAUGCAGGUCAAGGGGCGGUCAAUGCAGGUCAAGGGGCGGUCAAUGCAGGUCAAGGGGCGGUCAAUGCAGGUCAAGGGGCGGUCAAUGCAGGUCAAGGGGCGGUCAAUGCAGGUCAAGGGGCGGUCAUUGCUGGUCAACGGGUGGGUUUGAGUGGAGGGAAAGAGUUGUUGCUUUCAGGCCAGAAUGUGAGUGCUGGAUGGGAUAUGCGUGAGGACGAGCAGUUGAGUGAGGGGACAGGAAUCGUAUGUGUGAGGAACGAUGGAGUUAUUGUGUUCGAGGGGGGGGAUAUGAGUAUGGAGGGAGGCACCUCUGAGCUGGAAGGCGAUGUGCCUAUAGGAGAAGGGGAUGCGACUGUGAGGGGAGGGGACUUGAGCAGUAAGGAGGGAGAGACACAUGGGAAGGAAGACAAUACGAAUGGGAAGGAAGGAGAGAUGAGUGGGGAUGAGAGGAAGACGGGCGGGACUGGGGGAGAGAUGGCUGGGGAGGAGAGAGAGGCGAGUGGGAAGGAGGGAGAGAAGAGUGGGGAGGAGGGAGAGAAGAGUGGGAAUGAGGGAGACACUAGUAGAAAGGAGGAAGAGACGAGUGGGAAGGAGGGAGAGACGAGUGGGAAGGGGGGAGAGACGAGUGGGAAUGAGAGAGAGAUCAGUGGGAAGGAGGGAGAGACAAAUGGGAAGGAAGGAGAGAGGAGUGGAGAGGAGGGAGAGACUGUUCGAAAUGAGGGAGAGAUGAGUGGGGGGGAGGGAGAGAAGAGUGGGAAUGAGGCAGACACUAGUAGAAAGGAGGAAGAGACGAGUGGGAAGGAGGGAGAGACGAGUGGGAAGGGGGGAGAGACGAGUGGGAAUGAGAGAGAGAUCAGUGGGAAGGGGGGAGAGACGAGUGGGAAUGAGAGAGAGAUCAGUGGGAAGGAGGGAGAGACGAAUGGGAAGGAAGGAGAGAGGAGUGGAGAGGAGGGAGAGACUGUUCGAAAUGAGGGAGAGAUGAGUGGGAAGGAGGGAGAAACAUGUGGGAAGGAAGGAGGGACAAGUGGAAAGGAGGGAGAGAUGGGUGGAAAGGAGGGAGAGACGAGUGGGAAGGAAGGAGUGGCGAAUGGAGAGGAGGGAGAGACUGUUGGGAACGUAGAAAAGACGAGUGGGAGGGAGGGAGAGAAGAGUGGGAAGGAGGGAGAGACGAGUGGGGGGGAGCAAGAGACGAGUGGGAAGGAUGGAGAGAUGAAUGGGAGAGGAGGGGGAGGUGAGUGA